AUGGCUCUGUUGGUGGUAGAGAAUGGACUUAAUGGCGAAGAGGUGUUGAAGCAGCUAGAAAAGCUGAAAGAGACAACUGGAAAACCCACAGAAGAGUUCAGAGUCGUGCUGCCCCUCAGCUACAAACCCCCAUACAACUUCUACACCACAGAGCAGGUUUUCAGUGAACUGAGCAAACUGACUGCAGACAGAAAUCUGAUGCCAGCCAACAAGAGGCAUGCUGACAAUCCUGAGUUAUAUGUGUCAACACCAAACACUGCAGUGGAGAAAACAGGAAAUGCAAACGACAUCACUGAAGGCAAGAAGAGUUUAAAAACAGGAAAGUCCUCUGGUACCGAAGUGACCCUUGUUCUGCUGGGAAUGGCCGGGACUGGAAAGAGUGCGAGUGGAAACACAAUCCUGGGAAAGAAGCAGUUCAGGUCUAGAGCCAGUUCAAAUCCGACCACCACAGAGUGCCAAGUGGCAGAAACAGAGAUAGACGGUACACGUGUACGGGUCAUUGAUACCCCAGACAUCUUUGAUGAUGAGAUUGAAUCAUCAGUUAAGGACGAACAUGUGAAAAAGUGCAAAGAGCUCUGUCAGUCAGGACCUUGUGUUUACUUACUUGUGAUGCAAAUUAGCAGAUUUUCAGACAGUGAGAGAAACAUACUGAAAAAGCUGGAAACAGCUUUUGGUAACAACGUUCAGGAACAAACAGUCAUCCUGUUUACUCGUGUGGACGACCUGCAGCGUGCAAAGAUGAGCUUGCAGACAUUUUCGAGGUCCUGCCAGACAGAUCUCAGGGAAAUAAUUAAAAAGUGCGGCAACAGGUGUGUUGUUUUUGAGAACAGUGGCUCAGAUUCAGGUCAAGUGAAGAAGCUAAUGCAGACAGUGGACAAGAUGUUAGAAGAACAGAAACAAUCCUACAAGUGUGCAGCUGUCUGACCAGAUAAAGUCCUGGGAUGGGAUUUCUUUGCAUAUACAUAUUAACAUGAUGGACUAGAAAUGAAAUGAUCUUGAACCAGUUGAUUAUAAAGUUAUGAAUAGUUAAAAAGGAUUGGAUUUUUUAGGGGAAUAUCAACAUGGGUUUUUAUCCAAGUAAUGAAACACGUAUAUUCAAAGAUGCAGCAACAACAUACAAAGAUUUUUAAGACAUAUUUUUUCUUUUUUCACACAACUUGAAACAACAUGUGAGUUGCAUAAUAUCAAUAUUCCAAAUGUUAUUAAUAUAAACAAAUAAGGCAGACAUUUCUUGAUAAUUGUGUCCAACAUGUGUACUGAGCAGGACAUUUUAGACAGAGUCACUGCUCCCUCAAGGACAAACAGAAACACUGUCUCUAACUUAGAUCAAACAUGUAUUUGUCAUUUCUGUACUGUGAUCUCUUUACUUUCUGGCCAACAUAUAGAGUGUGCUGAUAGCAAAAUAUCUGUGAUAAGCUCAAAGCUAAGUGUGGCCAAAUAUGUGCUUUAAAUCUAAAAAUAAAUAUAGCCAAGCAAUGACACACUUUUGUGAUGGAAUAAAUAUAUGACUCAUCUUGCACUGUUUUAUUUCCAUUUGCACAAUGUAAAAAAACAUAUAAAUAGAUUAGAUUUUUUGGUUUAGGUUUUUGUGAUGGCUCCUCUAAAUGGGCCUGUUUGUCAGUGUAGAAAACCACUCACUCUGACCAUAUUAUUGACAAUAAAAAUAACUAUACAAAG